GAAACUUCAACUGGGCUAAGUUGAACCUGGAAACUGAAAAACUAUAAGAGUUCCUGGUUGAUAAAUUUAUAAAUCAGCAAAUACUCCAAUAAUGAUCGAAUGGGAAAAUGAAAAGUGGAAGACUUCCCUUGAUCAAAUCGUCCAUUUUCUCAUCAUCACCCAACCAUCGAAGCUUGCUGAUCCCGCUUAAUACUACUGCUUCGACAAACCACCAAAACUAUCUCUCUAACCCAACCUCCACAACUUUCUCUAUUGCCAUUCAACAUUUCAUUAACUCAGAUACCCCUUUCCAUGGCCAAAAGAUUCACGCCCACAUUAUAAAAUCUGGGUUUUCUCCCAAUACGAAUAUUUCCAUCAAACUCCUUAUAUUGCACCUAAAAACUGGGUGCUUGAGAUAUGCCACCCAAAUGUUCGAUGAAUUGCCGCAGCACACUUUGUCCGCAUACAAUUAUUUGAUUGGUGGGUACCUUAAAAAUGGGAAUGUUCAGGAGUCACUUGGUUUGGUUCGCAGAAUGGUUGAUUCAGGUGAAAAGCCUGAUGGGUUCACAUUUUCGAUGAUUUUAAAGGCGUCUGCUUGUGGGAGUAGUACAGUGACGUUACCGCGGUUUUUAGGAAGGAUGGCCCAUGCCCUGAUGGUGAAAUUGGAUGUAGAGCCUGAUGAAGUGCUUUAUACAGCGCUUGUUGACUCAUAUGUGAAGAGUGGGAAGGUUCAAUAUGCCAGAACUGUUUUUGAUAUGAUGUUGGAAAAGAAUGUGGUUUGCUCAACGGCAUUGAUCACUGGCUACAUGAACAAUGGAUCGGUAGAGGAGGCUGAAAAUGUGUUUAAUAAAACGGUUGAAAAAGAUAUCGUAGUUUUCAAUGCAAUGAUUGAAGGUUACAGUAAAUCAGUUGAAACUGCUAAGAAAGGGCUUGAGAUUUUUGUUGAAAUGCAACGGUUGAAUUUCCGGCCUAAUAUUUCAACUUUUGUGAGUCUAAUUGGAGCUUGUUCUGUUUUAUCAGUAGUUGAAAUAGGUCAACAAGUUCAAGGUCAAUUAAUGAAGACUGAGUCCUUUAUGGACAUCAAGAUUGCAAGUGCUCUUGUUGAUAUGCAUGCAAAAUGUGGAAGAAUUGAGGAUGCCAGAAGAGUUUUCGACUACAUGCCGGAAAAGAAUGUUUUCACAUGGACCUCAAUGAUUGAUGGAUAUGGGAAGAAUGGGAACCCAAUUAAAGCGCUGGAACUGUUCUAUGUGAUGCAAGAGUGUUGUGUCGAACCAAAUGAUGUAACAUUCCUUAGCGCUCUCUCUGCUUGUGGACAUGCCGGUUUACUUGCCAAAGGCCGUGAAAUCUUUGAGAGUAUGGAGAGAGAUUACUCAAUAAAACCGAAGAUGGAGCACUAUGCUUGCAUGGUUGACCUUCUGGGACGUGCAGGGCGUUUAGAUCUGGCAUGGGAACUUGUAAUGGGGAUGCCUGAGAAGCCCAAUUCUGAUGUUUGGGCAGCUUUGCUCAGUUCUUGCAGGCUACAUGGCGAUGUACAAAUGGCUAGCAUAGCUGCCAACGAACUUUUUAAGUUAAAUGCCGACAGUAGGCCAGGGGCAUUUGUUGCUCUAUCAAAUACUUUGGCAGCUGCUGGAAAAUGGGAUGGUGUGAGUGAUUUGAGGGAGAUGAUGAAGAUAAUCAAGUGAUGCCGCCUAGUAGGCUUGCCUUGCCAGCCAGCCCAACUUUGAGGAACGAUCAAGCCCAUAUUACAAGAGACUAAUCUAUCUUGCCAGCCUAGCCGCCGGGUCAUGUCAUGUCAAUUGUCAUGUAUGCCUUAAUUGACCUCGUAACGUCAGUCCUAACAAGUAUUCGAGUAAGAUACACACUCUGAAUUUUGAUAUUCCACUUCACUUUUGUUGAACUUUACUGGCGA